CAAAUAUAGCAGGAAGUGGGUUUGAAGAGAGAAGAGAUACAGCCUUUUCAGUAAUGGAAAAUGGUGUUGUUAGUGGCCAUGGGUUCUAUACUACCAGCUAUCAAUCUGUGUAUAUUUUGGGCCAAUGUGAAGGUGAUGUGGGAGAUUCAGAUUGUGGAGUGUGUGUGAAAAGUGCUGCACAGAGAGCUCAGGUUGAAUGUGGAAAUGCUAUUUCAGGACAAAUCUAUCUGCACAAAUGCUUUAUUAGUUACAGUUAUUACCCAAAUGGGGUCCCCAGGAGAUCAUCAUCAUCAUCAUCUUCAUCUUCAUCAGGGCAAAGUACAGGAAAGACUGUGGCAAUAAUAUUAGGAGGGGCAGCUGGAGUAGGGUUCUUGGUAAUAUGCCUGUUGUUUGCAAGAGGGUUGAUGAAGAAACAUGAUGAUUCUUGAGAGCAAGAGAGAUCUUAAAAGAGGCAAACAUCCCUUUUUUUGAGGUUGGAUUCUUCUGACAUUUCCAUGUCUUUCCAAACUAAAAAUCUUGGUUGAAAUUUUUGGUGGAGAAAUAUAGUUUAUGGGGAAGGCCAGCAAAAUAUUGCAUAAAAUUUUUUGUGUUAUUAUAUAUAAAGUUACAAAGGUGAAAAGGAUGUUAGAAUGAAUGUUUGCCAUUGGAUGGAUUAGAGAGAAGGGUUGAAAUGAAGUAAUUAAUAGUUUGGCCUUUUCUUUUUCUUCUCUAUGGCCAUGUCCAUGUGGAUGUUUGUCUCUUUUUUGGGUUCUCCAGACUGAUGAUUUUCUCAAUUUCUUCACUAUUUUAUGCUUUUCAGAAAGUUGUAGCUUCUCUCUUUGAAAAGCAAUGACAUCUCUCUUUCAUUCCAAUUUCCAUGCAAAAGCACAGUUAGUAAGAGUGUAGGACCUAUUUUAUUUUCUUGCUUGGAUUUUCUAUGAUACUUAAGCAUAAAUGUACACUUAAGUUUCCUUUAAAAAAAAAAAAAAAAAAACCUUUACUAAUUUUCAUGCAUAAUCAAUGACCAUGCUUUCUCUAGUCUCACCCUUAUCAUUUAUAGGAUUCUUAAUGAGGAUAUUGGCUUGGUUGAAACAUUCACAUUUGGAAGAAACGGUAGACAUAGACCCAUAGCUCUUAGACCUCAAAACAAAUCUUAUCCCCAUUCCCCAACUUCAAAAAUGAGCAUAUAGGAGAAGCUGCUGGAGUUUUACACCCCAACCCCUCCAAGGGGCCCAACUCUUUCAUCGAUUAUUUUUUGUUUUAAGGAGGUCAAAUAUGUUAUAAAUUAAUCAAAGAUAGCAACAUCAUCGGAUGAUGAAUUUAACAUUUUUACAUCCGCUUUUGAUAUUUCUCUACCAAAUCUGUGCUUUUUUAUCAGUAGAUAUCAUGAAAUUCCAGUAUGAACAGAUGGUAUUUUUGUUGAAAUAUCAAUUGAGAAAAUGAGAUUGUAAUUUCCCCUUGUAAGGAAUGCUAUUUUUAUUACACAUAUGAAGCUGUUGCAGCUGCUUGUUAUUUUGAAGAAAAAUAAAACAUCGAGUGAACAAGAUCAAUGUUGAGUGAACAGGCAAUCUAAUUUGUCCUCUAUUAGCAAUACAACCUGAGUAAGAGACUUUAAUUAGAUCAAAGGUAUGCAAAUAAUGGCUUCACUCGCAUGGCUUGUAUCUGCAUUUUGACCUUUUUUGCUGACGAGGUCUUUUGAUGAUGGUCUCGAACCCAAUAUGCUUUUUUUAAAUCAAAUAUUAAACUUUUCACUAAACAGAAACAUCUGUUAAGAAUGAAGGAGAUUGCCCCACUCAGUUAGACCUGCUAUAGAAACAGUAGAUCGCUUAACAAAACUAAUAAAAACAUCACCAAGCUCCUUUAUAAGAGCUUUAACAUCUUCAACGGCUCCAUUAGCAUCCCAAAACAAUAACAACCAGAUAGUCUGAACAACAAAAGGAGAUUCAGAUUCCACUAAAACGUUGUUAAAAGGUUUAUCCUUUAACCAAUUUAAGAGUUGCUUUGUUCAAGAAGACUAGUUGAUAUUUUGGGAUUUUUAUAGUUAAUAUAAUCUUCAUAAAAGUUAAGUUAUUUGACCUUAAUUUUAUAAAACAUAAGAAUAUAUAUGUGCAAAACAAAAUAAUUAUGCUAAUAUUUCGCAGCUGUGUAUGAGAGACUGACAAUUAAAGAAGUUAACUAUAAAAGGGUACCAAUGAUUGGUGGGAUCGCAUGGCAGGAGGCAUAAUAGAAUCAAACACUGAUCCUCGCAUCCUCCAUGCCCAAGCCAUCAAAUCUCCUCGUACACAGCUUUCCUUGUUUAACCGCUUAAUCACUUUCUACUCCAACUCCACUAAUCCCCUCAUUGUCUCCUACUCCCAUCGUGUCUUCUCUCAACUGUCAUCUCCCAACAUCAUUUCAUGGACAUCCAUCAUUUCUGCCCACACUCACUCCUUCCUUUCUCUCAAUUACUUUCUUUCCAUGCUCCGAUACCCCCUUCUCCCCACCCAACGCUCCCUCGCUUCCCUCUUCAAGGCCUGCGUCAACCUUUCCGCUCUGUCUUUUGGUCUCGCUCUCCACUCCAUGGCUUUCAAGCUCUCACUCAAUACUCAACCCUUUUCUGGUUCUGCGUUGAUUCAUUUCUAUGCAAAAUUUCGUUUGCCUCAGAACGCGCGGAAGGCGUUCGAUGAAAUUAUUCAUAGAGAUGAGGUUUGUUACGGUGCUUUGAUUGUUGGAUUGGCGCAGAAUUCUAGACCGUUAGAUGCGUUCUCGGCGUUUGCUGAGAUGAAGGGUUGUAAUGUGAGGUCAACUAUUUAUACUGUUUCUGGUGCUUUAAGUGCAGCCGGGCAGAUGGUAGCGUUGGAGCACUGUAGAGUGAUUCAUGGGCAUGCUAUUGUUGCGGGAUUGGACGGUAAUGUGGUUGUAGGGUGUACAUUGAUUGAUGGAUAUGGGAGAGUGGGGCAUAUAGUAGAUGCUAGGAUGGUUUUUGAUGAGUUGUUGCCUGGGGUGAACACGGUGGUCUGGAAUGCUAUGAUGUCUGUCUAUGCUCAACAUGGAGACAAGAGCUCCGUGCUUGGCAUGUAUAAUGCGAUGCAGGUUGAAGGGCUCGUACCUGAUAGGUUCACUUUUUUGGCUCUCUUAACGGCUUUUUGUAAUGCUGGUUUGUUUCUUGAGAGUGAACAAUGGUUUCAGAGGAUGAGAAUGGAGUAUAAGAUCAAACCUGGUUUGGAGCAUUAUAAAUGCUUGGUGGGGGCAAUGGCAGGGGCAGGACGAUUGGAGGAAGCAGAGCAUAUUGCAAUGACAAUGCCUUUUGAGCCGGAUGCUGCAGUCUGGCGAACAUUAUUAUCAUCUUGUGCAUAUCAUGGUGCGGUUGACAAGACCUGUGAGAUGGCUAAGAGGCUAUUGGAAUUAGACCCCCGUGAUGACUCAGCCUACGAAAUUGUGGCAAAUGUGUUAUCGGCUAAAGGAAGGUGGGAUGAAGUUGCUGAAAUGAGGAAGCUAAUGAUAUAUAGAAGGGUGAAGAAGAAACAAGGGAGGAGUUGGAUUGAAGUGAAAGGAAAGGUUCAUGUGUUUCUGGCAGAGGAUAGGAGGCAUGAAAAAACAGAAGAAAUUUAUUCCAAGUUAGCUGAGUUGAUGGAGAAGAUAGAGAAAUCAGGAUAUGUGCCGGUUCGGGAUGAGAUGUUGCCGCGGGAAGAUAAAAGGGAAGCCCAUAGGUAUGAUAGCGAGAAGUUGGCCCUCGCAUUUGGUGUGGUUGCUGGAGCAGCCCCACCAGGGAAGGCAUUGAGGAUUGUGAAAAACUUGAGGAUUUGCAGGGACAGCCACGAGGCUUUUAAGUAUUUCAGCAGAGUUAUGGGGAGAGAGAUUAUUGUUAGAGAUACCAACAAAUGCCAUAGGUUUUUGAAUGGUAGCUGUACUUGCGGAGGAAUAUGGUAACUAGUUGAAAAGAGUCCUCCUCCAUAAUGCUCGAUGUCACACAGAACAUACUCCCUCUUCAAUAAGUUACUAUUCCUUUCUAAUCCAAUCCAACGCCAUCAAAGACCGAUUCAACUGAUUUUGUUGUUGGCAGUGGGAUGCGACGGUGCACACUUGGCAAGUUUUACGUUUGACUUGCUAAAAAUCCAAACUUCUGUUCAGGUGAGCUAAAAGUUACUAAAUAAUUUGUACUAGUGCUCCUUUUAACGACAAAAUGAAAGAUUUAUUAAGACAGCAGGGGCAUGCUAUUAACCGAAUAAAAUGUAAACAACCUUCUCCUUCCCUUUUUUUUUACUUUAAAUAAAUGAUAUACUAUAUGAGUGUAGUUAGUUUAUUCUUGGUUGUAUUUGUGGUGCUAGGUCCAUAUAGUUGGCCUCAAGAGAUAACCCUUGAUUUCUCCAUGUUUUGCUUU